GCUGCUCUCUCUGACACUAACCAUCAUACCCUAAACUCGAUACCUCCUACGGCAGCCUUACUUGGAUGUCUACCUAUUUAUACGAGCUUUCCACAACCGCUGCUUUCUCUUUCAAUGACUUUUGCGUUGACCAGAGUUCUAACCAGGCUUAUACUCGACACCUCUCCGAAGCAACACAAAUUCGUGCCAAUCUGCGUGGGGCGCUGAAGGAAAGCAAACGAACGGACGGAGAGAAGGAUUACCUGACUCUGGUGAAGAUUUUGGAUGACUACAUCCCCCACCUAAGGUCGAUAAUGAGUUGCGUCGCUCAUGAUGAGAUCGGACUGAAAGCGGAACCUAUGUUCAGUUGGCGUACUACCCUAUCCGCAACCACGAAUGUAUUCAACUCUUCUCCCAGACUCUCCAUUCCUUCACUACACGCGGAAUACGCGACGUGCCUUUUGACAUAUGCAUUUGUGAUCUCGAAUCUUGCAAGAACGAUCGUCGCGUCUUUGGGAGAUUACGAACUUGAUCGUGCGAUAACGGAGAAGGAGAGGGAAAGCAAGGAUGAACGGUUGAAGCAUGCGGCGGAUUUCCUUUCUAGAGCUAGUGGGAUCUUCGCAUAUAUCAGCGAAACCGUGUUGGUGGAGUGGGAGCAUAGUCCGACUUCAACGAGCAAGUUUGUGCGACCGCCUGAUUUGACGAAAGAGGUAAAUAGCGCUCUAGCAAAACUCGCUUUGGCAGAUGCACAAACUCUUUUUAUUCGGAAGUACCUCUCGAAAGCAGCGUAUGAGUCGAAUAUAUCCCCAGGUCCACCUCUUCCUCAAUCCCACCCUUCUCCAGUGCUCAUCGCCAAGUUGCAUCUUGAAUGUUCGAACUACUAUUCUUCUGCUCGACUUCUCGCAAAAACGCCUGGAAGCAGUGGUACUACGGAGGCUUCGCCCGAACUCCGUCAUUAUUUGAGUGACGAGGCUGCGCUGCACUCUGCACUAGCGAAGAAAUGGCUUGCUAUUGAUGCCGGUGAGAAGGGUGGUACGGAAAAGGGUGGUGAUGCCGUGGGGUUGAUGAUUUGGGCGCAGAAAGAGCUGCAAGAGAUGAGAGAUGGAGGGAAGAGCGGGGGUGUUUCUGGACUUGCCAAAGGGGAAAAAGAGAAGAAAGGGAGGAGUCUCAGGAAAGAACGGAUUGUGCAAGAGCUUGAAAGUGUGGCGGUUUGGCUCAAGCAUUACAAGAAGGUGAACAACACUCUUCACUUCCAGCCAGUUCCAUCACAGGCAGAUCUUCAAUCCCGAAUACCUACAGGUAUACUAGCUGUGUCUGCGAAGCCGUAUUCACCACCCGUCCCCGUCUUUGGGCCUGGCUCACCUGAGUACGUUCAGCGUCAAACUGAUGAAGUCGAGUUCUCGUCUUUAUCUUUAAACGCUGAGGCGUCCACAUCGGGCACUUUGCGUGAUGGUUUACCACAUUCCGAUUCGACGAAGGCCGAAAAUGAGAAGACGAAGGCAACGAAGGCAACAUAUGCAGGUGCAGGCUCGUAUUUUUGAACCUUUUCAGCUUGGACAUAGUAGAGUAGCUUGAACAUUGUAGUAAUUUUCCUUGCAUUUUCAUUGUUUUGUGGCAUU